UUUUGGUCCAAAGUUAUAUCGGACUUUGAAAGCGUUGCCAAAUCAGAACCCAAGAUCUUGUCUCUUCAUCUUCAGCGUGGUAUUCCACCUUCAUUGCGAGGGAUGAUGUGGCAGUUGCUGGCCAAGUCAAAGAGUGACCGGCUUGAAGAGGAAUAUCUUCAGCUACUGAGGGCAGAAUCAGUCUACGAAAAAGCCAUCACUCGAGAUCUCCUCAGGACAUUUCCAUACCACCCAUAUUUCCAAGGCCAGGAAGGCCAGAAUGCUCUUUUUAAUGUCGUAAAGGCAUAUUCACUUUAUGACGCUGAUGUAGGAUACUGUCAAGGUCUUUCGUUUAUUGCCGGACCUCUUUUGUUAAAUAUGCCAGAGGAAGAGGCAUUUGGUGUGCUAGUCCAAUUGAUGACUCGUUUCACUUUGCGGGGGCAUUUUACUCCCCAGAUGGAUCUCCUCCACAAGCGAUUGUACCAACUUGAUGGCCUAUUGGCAGACACUCUACCCCACAUUCAUCGCCACUUUCAAGCCCAAGGAAUUCAGUCGGGAAUGUAUGCCUCUCAGUGGUACAUGACCCUGUUUGCCUACAAAUUUCCUCUCGAGGUCGUAUUCCGGAUCUACGACACCAUCCUUGCAGACGGCCUGGACAUCUUACACCGUGUUGCUCUGGCUCUGAUAACCAAAAACCAGGCAAUACUGUUGAGUAUGGAAUUCGACUGCCUCUUGAACCAUCUCAAAGAAGACAUGCUGGCUGUCUACGAAGACGAUGUGAACGAGCUGGUGCGCGAGGCAUACUCUAUUUCCCUGUCGCCGAAACGGCUAGAGCGACUCUCAAAAGAAUACUCGGUCGAGUUAAUCAAGGCCAACUCAGAGGCCGAGAUCAUCAGCGAUCUUCGACGACAAAACAAAGCCCUGGCUGAGACAGUUCGGCAACUGGAACGCAUCACUAAACAACUAGAGAACGAGCACGCGCUGGUCGCCAAGCAACUCCAGGUUUCGAAUGCACAACAGCUAGAACUCCAG